AUGCGUUACACCAUUGCUGCUUUCGCGCUCGCCGCUACCGCUGCCGCCGUCCCCCAGUACGGAUACGGUGCUCAGGAGAGCUCUGCUGCCGCCUACCCUGAGUACACUCCUGCUCCCUCUUCCACUCCCGCUGCCGAGUACCCCGCCUACCCGGUCAGCACUCCCGCCGCGUCUGAGGAGUACCCUGCUUACCCAGUGAGCUCCUCCGCUCCUGCGUACCCGGUCGUCUCUGUCUCCUCCAAGGCCCCUGAGUACCCGGUCGCCUCUUCCAAGGCCUCUGAGUACCCAGUUGCUUCUUCCAAGGCUCCCGAGUACCCAGUUGCUUCUUCCAAGGCUUCCGAGUACCCAGUUGCUUCUUCCAAGGCUCCCGAGUACCCAGUCGCCUCUUCCAAGGCCCCCGAGUACCCUGCGUCCUCUGGUAAGCCUUCCAAGCCCUCGUCGACUGCCUCGUGCAUCAGCUCAACAACCAUCACUGUCACAGUCCCCUACCCCACUGGUUCCGCUUCGGUCCCCAAGCCCUCCGCUUCCGGUGCCUACCCCUCUGGCCCGGCCCCAUACCCCAGCGGCAAGCCCUCCGGCUCUGCCCCCUACCCCAUCGCCUCCGGCACUGGCUCCAAGCCUUCCGUCCCUGCCGGCACUGGCUACCCCACCUCGACUGGUGGCUACACCAAGCCCAGCUCCCCUGCUCAGUUCACUGGCGCUGCGUCUGCUCUCAACGCUGCUGGCUUCGUUGCCGGUGUUGGUGCUUUCGCCGCUUUCUUCUUGUAA